GUAUUUUUCCGUUCAUAUUUAAAGUAUGAUACAAGUAGACUCCCCAAGUUGACUUCCAGCUUACACUCAAUAAAGCAUACCCUCACUUCAUCCUACUCAUAAUCCCUGAUUUCUCUUAUUAUAUACAGCUCUUACCUCCAAGCACCUGGCCCUUUGUAUGUAAUUUGCCCUAGCAAAACCACACUUGAAAUCAGUGUGUUUAAGUUAAAAAUAACAAACAGUAGCAGUGGAGAACACAGAAGUUGGUAGAAACAGUGAAAUUAAGAGAGUGGAGUAGUAGAAGAAUUCUCAUAUAUUAUUUAAGUAAUUUUUCCCUGCAAAACAUAAAACUCUUUGAAAUGCUAACUUUGCUAUGAACAGAGUUUUUAUUGUUAGAUCUUGUGUCCAUUUAUCAUCAGCAUUGUAAAUUUUAUAAAGGGUAACAGCUCAGUUCUGCGGGGUUUUCCUUUACCACAGACUUCUUUUUAAGAAAGAUGGGCUUAAGGACUUUACAGUAUUUUCUUUCUUAUUUUCCUUGUUUGUAUUUCUCCUUUUUUAAUGGUGUAAAAAAAUUAAAAAAGGAUUUGAGUGCCAUGAAUUAAAUAUACCAACAACUUCCCAUAAGAAUGCCAUUUCCACUUCUCAUCUCCUGUGCCCACUUACUCUAAAUUUCCAAUUCAGGAACUCUUUGACUGAAUUGAAAUCUUGAAUCCAUGUCUUGUUCACUUUCUCAGUUUUUUUUAGUUUUCUCAUUAUCCAGCUUAAAGUCUACAUUAUGUAAUAUAACUUUGUAAUAUAUAUAUAUAAGCUCCUCUUAGUAUCUUGGCCACCCCUAUUCAAUGUACUGCUUUUUUCUUUAAAAACUCCUCUCCUGGUUAAACUUAAAUAUCCACCCACUCUGUACCUCACCUGAACAGCUGGACAUGGCUGGUGAAAAACACAAAUUUUGAAGCCCAGUUUAUGCUCACCAGACAAGCUUUCCUUCUAUCUCUUCCUACACUGUUUCUUUCUUCUACCCAAAUUUCCAUCCUACCAAAUCCUCAUUCAUAUUCUGCUUUGCUUCUAGAUAGUAUUUACAAAGUACUUAUUACUCUUACCUCCUUAUUCUGCUAUGAAUUUCAGUCCACGUGUCCUUCUCUCCUGUGACACCAACAUGCUAUGCUACACCUAUUUUAACAAAACACAAUCCAUGCUUGGCCACAUAAAUCUCUCCAUUUAUUCUUCCAUUUCUUGUUUCCUUCCACAGCUUGUAUGUUGGAAGUAUUACCUUUGGUCACAGACUCCCAGUUCUCCACCUCGCGUUCUCUUCUCAGCUGUCUCUGUUAGGUGUCCCCCUUAUGGUUCCAAGGAGACUGUUCUUGUCAAGGUCACCAGUGACCUCCUUGUUUCAUCCUAGUAGUUACAUCUCUGUUCCUUUAUUUUUUUACUUCCCUGAAGCCCUCACAGAAUUCAAGUCUCUCUUCUCUGAACACUUUCACGGACACAUCCUCAGGGUUUCUGCUGCCACAGUGGCCGCUCCCUCUGUCUUCCUGUUUGACUCCUUGUUCUGGAUCAAACUCUGUAUUACGGAGCACUCCAGGACUCUGGGUCCCCUGCUCUUGUGUCACUGAAUAGACUUCGCUAAGUUGCCUCAUUCAGUCAUUUGGAUUCAAAUGCCGUGACUCCCAAUAUCUCCUUAUGACCUUUCCCUAAAUCUCCAGACUAGAAAAUACAUGUGCCUGUUUCAUAUUUCCAUAUGGAGUUCUAAUGUCAUUUCAAAAAAAAAUGGCAGAAAGAGAAAUACCUAUUUUUACUCUAAAACUGUUCCCAGUCCUCAAUCAUGCUCAUCUCAUUAUACAAAAUAAAUCAUACUUAAGUACAAUCACAAAGUGUUUGCUAUAUGCCAGUGCCAUUCUACUUGCAUUAUAGAUUUUAAAUUACUUUGUGGCUUUCUUUGUUAACCAACACAGAAGGUAAGACACGGUUAAAUAACAUGUCCAAGAUUCCACAUUCUGUGAUAAGCAGUAAACCAGAAUUCAGACCCAGGAACACUAGCCAUAGAGAAUGUGCUGUGCUUUUUCUUAAAUCAGUAUGCCAGCCUGCCUAUGAAUGUGUAUAUCUUGUUUUCUACUAACUUCAUCAAGUCAAAACUCUUUCACAAACAUUUCAUGUACUAUAGAUUCGAACCUCAAAAUGUAUUCUUGAUCUGUCCAUGGGUUAUCACAUUCUCUAAUACCAGUAAAUCAAGCUACUGUUCUCUCUCACAUGGCAUACUGCAACAGGCUUCUUGCCAUUCCUCUGCUCCUAACACUGAGCCCUGCAAUUCAUUCUCCAUAUGCAGUAAUAGUGACCUUUCUAAAAAAUCAACUCAGUUAUUUUUCCCUUCUGAUUAAAUCCAUUUAGGGUUUUUGAAGUAGCUGUUCUUGCUGCCUGUAAUAUUCUUCUCACUGAUUUUACAUGCUGAUUCCCAUUGCCAUAAGGUCUGUGCUAUCUCCUUUUCUAAUAUAACUGUUUCAAAUCUGUGCAUACCGUAGCACAUGUUGAGAUCUUUCUCUCUCUCUCACUCUCGCUUCCUCCCUCUCCUUCCCUCUCCCUCUGUGUAUAUAAACAUAUAUAUAUAUGUAUAUGUAUAUUCAUACCUUUCUCACACAAUUAAAAUUUAUAUUAUGUGAGUGCAUAUAUGUCUUGUUCACUUCUAUAUUGUUAGCACCUAGAAUAGUGUCCACCAUGAAGACAGUAUUCAGAGAUGACAUGUGAGUAAUUGGAUAAUAAAUGAGAAAGUAAUUCUUAAGAAAGAGAGCACUCGAAGCUAUUUAUGCUUCUAACCUUAGGUCAGAUCUUGACUGUGUACUUUCAUAUUAAAUAUCCAAAGUUGAAAAAGUUAUUUCACAUUUUAUGUUCAAUUCUGUAUUUCAUAAUAUUGUAUCACCAACAGUGAGAUAGAUGUAGGACAAAGGUGAGAAGUAUAGUAAGUGUGGGGAAAAUGGGUCUUUCUGACCAAGAUUCCUGCCUGGCCUUAAUAGGCAUCCUGUUUGCACAUCUAUGGGAUGUUUCACUGGGAGCAGAGUGGCUGACAAGUCACAGGAUUGCCAUCCAGGGUAGGGAUGGAGAGAAAACACCCAUUUUCUCCUCCCCUCCAUUCCUGGUUUGUAAUUGGUCAGGUGCCCACUGGUCACCAGGGACGUGCCCACAGAAUUCCUCCUGGUGUGUGAGGGGGCAGAGUAGUGAGGCUGGAGAGGGAGCUGGGAGCUGGGAGCCCUGUGAGAGGGGCUCCCAACUCGUGCCAGCAAGAAGAGGCAAAGCCAUGAGAAUAAGUACUUCACUUCCAGACUUCUUGCCCUUGCCUGGAUUCUGUUUCAUCAAAUUCAUGGGCAACUUGCUCUGGGCGGGGAAUCCCCUCUCCCGGAGUUAGAGUAAGACCAUUACGGUACCCCCUGAAUUACAUUCUCCUGAAAUACCUAGUAUCUGUCUACACAAAUGAUAAUGCAAAUCAUGUAGUGAUUUAAUUAUAAUUAAUUUAUAAUAUAAAGUUCAGAAAUUCCUGUUUUGUUUUUUAAAGAGGGAAAUGGUCUGUUUCAGGCUUUACCAUUCAGUGAAAAAGACACAUUCAACAAAAGUCCAUUGUUAAAAAGAUGAACAAAUUCUAAGGAGGAAAUAAUGUAGAUCUGGCCUAAAAUAUGGCUGACAGGAGGACUCCCAGAAACAUUACAAAGAGGCAGCCUAUCACUUAUGUCCCACAGCCACACUCUCAUGAUUUUCUGGGGAAAACAUAGAUGGCUGAAAUCAUUUUCUAUGGCACCUCACAAUUGUCCGCUCUAGGAAGGAUUAUGUAAAUUGACCCAUUUGUUAGCUGCCAGCUACUCUGUAUCCCAGAUUGGUAUAGAUGAGGUAUGUUGUAUUCAGAUUGGUUGGUGUCCUUACCUUUUCUUUUUUAAAUAUAUAUAUAUAUUUGCUUCUUUGUUUCUUGAAUCAGCCUCUCCUGUGAGACCCAGUUUGUGUGUAAAACAGUGGCCAGAAUUUUUUGACUUAUUCUUUAAAAAGGUAUUUUAGAAUGUCCUUGAGUUUCCAGCAAAACACGUUCCGUUCCUGGGAACAUGUUAGGAGAGAAAUAAAGGCAAAUGAAUGAAUGAAAGCUUUAAAUGAAGAUGGAUGCCACAUCCAGGACUCUGCUGAUUCUGCUUCCUGCAGCGCCUCCUGCUCCUCCCCAUGCCUGGCGUCACAGGGCCUUGGCUCUGGCCGCUCUAUGCCUCCUGCUGCUGAUCGGACUGGGAGUCUUGGGAAGCAUAUUUUAUGUAACUUCAAAGAUAGAAAUGGGAAGAUUGAAUGAACUCCAGAAUUUCACAGAAGAACUUCAGAGAGAUCUUUCUUUACAACUGGUGCAUAACACGGACAGUUCCAAGAAGAUCAGGGACCUCUCUGUCACUCUGCAAAAAAUAGCCACCAAAUUAUGUCAUGAGCUAUAUAACAAAGAACCAGAGCACAAAUGUAAACCUUGCCCCAAAGAGUGGCUGUGGCUUGAGGACAGCUGUUAUCUAUUUUUACCUAAGGAUCCUAAAACCUGGCAAGCGAGUAACAGGAUAUGUUCUGCUAAAAAUGCCAGCCUGUUGAAGAUUAAAAGUGAAAGUGUGUUGGAAUUCAUAAAAUCCCAGGAACUAAAUAGCUAUUGGUUGGGAUUAUCUCCCAGUAAAUAUAGAAAAGACUACCACGCUUUGGAUGAUGUAAUUGUCUCCUCUGACUGGUUUAUAAGAAACACAAAUGACUUAAAUGGUAAGAUGUACUGUGGAUAUAUAUACUAUGAGUCUGUUUAUUACGCUGAGUGCACUGACAAAAACAGAAUUAUAUGUGAGAAGUUGGCUGACUCAGUGCAGAUUGACAGCACACUAAUUACUAAUGAAGCACCAGAUGGAAGAAGAGUGUAAUUAGCACAAUUACUUUGAUUCAGCUGUUGUCCUAACAAUUAAAGGCAACUUUAGAGAGCAUACAUCUUGUGGACCACACAAAUGGAAUAAAGGCGCUGUGAGACUAAGUUUCUGCCUACAAUUUACAUUUUCAAAUUUUCUUCAUUCUCCUGAUUUGCUGAGUGAAAGGAACCUAAAGCCAUACCGUAUCAUCCAGAUACAGGCCCAAUUGGAUGCUCUGGAAGAACAUACAGAAGAAAUUACUCAAAAUUAAAGAGAUAUGAAGAGCA